GGUAGUAUUAACUUUUUGGGCCACAUAGUAGGAAAAGAAGGCAUUCGACCAGAUGAAACCAAGGUGGCCAAAGUGAAAAACUUUCCCAUACCAACCAAUCUAAGACAAUUAAGAGGCUUUAUUGGUCUUGCCUCUUACUACCGACGGUUUAUACCGGGCUUUGCUUCAAUAGCAAAACCUCUCCAUAAGCUUCUAGAAAAGGAUACCCCAUACAGUUGGGGCCCAGAACAAGAGAAAGCCUUUCAAGCUCUAAAAGUAUGCCUGACUACUGCACCAGUCUUAAGCUCAGAAGGACGAAAGCAAGAGAGAAUAUGUAAUUGCCUAUGCAAGCAAAAGCCUUACCAGGCCGGAAAGAAAUUAUGCAGCCACAGAGCUGGAGUGCUACGCCGUGGUUUGGGCCAUCGAGUAUUUUCACCAUUACCUUGGAUACCAACCUUUUACCAUCGUCACAGACCAUUCAGCCUUAAAAUGGCUUCACAAUACGGCCCUGAAAGGAAGAAGGGCGAGAUGGAUUCUUCGUCUACAACCCUAUAA